GAAAAAGUUCAGACUAAAGAAGAAGUUAAAAAACUCGCCCAUAACUUCACAGAAGCUAACUUUACAGAAACUCAACAAUUUUUACCCCAUUAUGACGCUAAUAGAUUAUAUUAUGAAAGUUCUAAUUUUUCUACUAAUUCUAAUGUGUAUUUUCCCACAAAUGAAUUACUUAUACCCCCUCCUCCUAGCAUUUCACAACCCUUGUAUAACUCAUAUACAUAUUUUUCCGCCAGUAAUCAACAACCCGAUCCUUCUAAUGCAUUUCCUACAAAUUUACAAAUUUAUGAACAGCUUAGUAUGUUAAAUUCGCCAUCCUUCAACACAUUUUCUUCCAUUAACUCUAUUUCAAAUAACAAUAAUUUACCAAAUAUUAAAGAUAGAAAUAACUUACCCUAACUUUUGUAAUUUCAAACAUAAUAAAGAAAUAAAUAACUAUAGUGUAAUUAAACUUGCAUAGUUAUAUUUU